AUGCCGGUUCGAGAUCCCGUCCGAAAUAACAUGCGACAACGAGAGGCAAUUCAUCGGGAGCAAAGUAACACAGUUCCUUGGGACAACAAAAUCAAGAGAAUCCUUUCGACGCCAUACCACCCGUGUGCGAACGGCCAGGACAAAUCCAUGAACAAAACCAUUAUUCAAAACCUGAAAAAGAAAUUGGAAAGCGCCAAGGGAAAAUGGCGAGAAACGCUGCCCGAGGUGUUGUGGGCAUAUCGGACGACUCCAAAAUCAAGCACAUGGGAGACACCUUUCUCCCUAGUAUAUGGUGCCGAAGCACUAAUACCAGUAAAGGUCGGGGAACCAAGCGCCAGAUUCCGACACACUAAAGGGGAAUCAAAUAACGACGCCAUGACAACGGCCCUUGAGCUGCACGAUGAAAGACGUGAAGCCUCGCUGGUUCGAAUGGCUUCCCAGAAGUAG